AUGUCAGGCCAUACAUUUCUUAAGAAGCGAAAAAGAGAAAACAUGCCUUCAACGACAACCUUCCUAGCGGCACCCAAGUUCUUCCACCGCAAGCGUUCAAGUUCCCACUCGCAAUCUCGCGACGACGUCGAUGAUUUCCUUUCUUCAGACCUCGAACUCUCGUUUGCCUCCAGCGUAUCAAUCAAUUCGCCUUCCAGGGAUGACAACCUUGCCCGUACCCUGGAUAGCGAAUAUGCAGAACCAAUGGACAUCUCACCCUUGCCGCCCCAGAAAACUCUUCAACCUAUCAUCCAGCGACCGCUCGCUCAGACACGCCCUCGUGCUUUCACCACUGCUGCUCGUUUGUUCAACGAUGUCAGUAAUAAGGCAGCCACCGUUCUUGCACCAUCGCCUUCCAUUGUCGAUUCAAACAAGUCUAGCUCCAAACGCACCCAACGUCCCACCCUUCCAACGCAAUGGCUGAUGCCCUCAAAUCCUGAUACUUCUGGUAAUGUUUUCAAUGUUUCUUCUGUUGACGAUGACGCAAUGGACGUUGACGAUUCUUCCUACGCAAAGCAGCUCCCACCUGCUAUCUUCUCUUUACCAACAGAACCCGAGUCAGCUGCAACGAUAACCACGUUCAACCAUUUUUUCUUCGACACCACUUCUCCUCAACGAGAAGCACAAUCCCCUGUGCAUCAUCAAACCAAGAAACGCCGCUCCCUUUCACCAGAAGCUACGCGCUAUCAUGACGACGACGACAACGAACCGUCCUCUCCUAUCCUCCCUUCAUCACCUGCUGCUAGCAAACUCGAGAGAAUGGCCAGCAAUUCCAUUUUGGCAAAGGCGGGCAAACCUACCUUGGAAGGCUUGGGUAACCCCUCAAAUGGAUUGAAGAGACCUCGAAGACCGGCUCUCUCGGCGAUGGUAUACCCUAGCAGUUCGAUUGGGUUGCAGUCUGCUUAUCCCGUCUUGUCCUCCGAGAACAACUGCGGCGAAAAUCAAGUCGACAAUGCAUUACCCCCAGCUCGUCGAGCUUUCUCUGCUAUGAUCCCUCCUUCAAGCUUGGAAGACCAGUACUCCGAUGAAUCUUCCUUCUGUAGUGCAGACAUGUCUUCGCCUGCCCAAGCUUACGCGAAACGUCAGCAAAUGAAGACCAUUCGACGCUGUGACGGCACGGACGAUUUUAGACCGUUGACAGGUGCGACUGCUAUGAUCAUGAAGGAGAGUCCCUCCAGUAAGUUCAUGAGACCGGGGAUACCUGGAUUUGGUGAUAAUGAGGCGCAUGGAAAGGCUUUGCCUUGCCAUCGUGUCUCUGAAGACGGUUUGAUGCGCAUCUCUCCACAGACUCUUGACAAACUUAUCAGAGGAGAUUUUGAGUCGAAGAUACACGAAUACCACAUCAUCGACUGUCGCUUUGACUACGAAUAUCAGGGCGGUCACAUAGAGAAUGCAGUCAACAUAAACACCGUCGCUGCCGUCGAGGAAAUAUUGCUUGGACCCAGUUUAUUCAAACCUAAGCCGUCCGUAAGCGGUGACGAUAACAAGAAGACUGUUCUGAUAUUCCACUGCGAGUUUAGCGCUAAACGAGCGCCCACUUUCGCAAAGCACCUCCGAGCCAAAGAUCGCGCCAUGAAUAAUCAUGUAUAUCCCAAGGUCCACUACCCUGAGCUCUAUAUUUUGGAGGGAGGUUACAGCCGUUACUUCAAGGAGUCCGGUGCCAGGUGCGACCCCCCUGGGGGUUACGUUCCAAUGGAUGAUCCUAAUCACGCCGCUUCUCGAAGGGGAGACCUCGAUCAGUUCAGAAAAGCGAAGUUUGGGCGACACAGGUCUUAUGCAUAUGGAGACAUGGCGAAACAAUCCUCUUCCUCGCAACAACAAACAUCGAAGAGGAACAGUGCUCCCACUGCUGCGCCUCCUCCUAUGUUUGCGGCCGGUCACGCUGCCCGUACCCGUCGAGGAGGCUCGACUUCUUUACUUACGCUUCCCGAGGAUGCCAAUACCACCGCGGAUGGUGACGAUACAGACAUUGAUCUAGGAGAUAGUCCUUGCCCACCCCCCACGAAGACGACGACCCUCAAGUCAAAGAAACUCACCCGAGGUCCUCUUGCUCGCGCCGAAACCUACGGACCUGGGCGAAUGCCCUACUAG